GUGGACACCCGUGAGGAAGCCCUCACUCGCCAAGGGAGAGGCGAAGGGAAAAGAGCUCUUCUGUGACUCCAAAUCUCAGAAAACCCGAGUACAAACUUUAACCUUCAACUCCCCUUCAACACAAUCAAUCCUCUUAUCUGAAUAAUCAUCCCCAGUAGAACAUGCCAACCAAGGGUAGUGUCAAAAUGAUGCGCGACGAGAAUGGAGAAAAUGCCCCUCCCACCUUGAUGGUCAAAUCCGGGGCCUCCUCCCACCACCACCCUCAUCAUAUACAUACUGGACCCGUGGUCGCUUCGGCUACCUUACGCAAAGACGUUGAUAGUUUAGUGCUAGAAAUCAAAGAAAACCUCAAGCUGGGGUCACACAAGGGUCGGAAGGCCGCCACGGGUCGCCACCAUCGUGGUAGCCACAGGGCCACGCCGUACCAUGUUCCACCCAGUUCCCGAGUGGCUUGUGAUAAUGUGGGGGAUGGAAAUGCCAUCAUCCCCAGUCAGUUAAAACGGUGGAACCAGAGGCGCAGGUACCCAAGUACCUGCAUGAGCUCUGGCAAGGAAACCGACAACCCAUUCGAAAUGCUUCAAGAGCUGAUUUCUGACGGGAGUUUGAUAAAAGAGGCUGUGAGGAGACUGCAAUUGGGGUUGACACCCAAGUUUGCCAGUAGAAGCUUUUAUGACUCUGAUGAUGAGUGUCGCACUCCACCCGCAUACGAAGGGGAGGAUACCAUUUGCUGUGAGGUGGGCGGAAGCCACGGGGGUCAUGGGGGUAGGCUCUAAAACAAAUGUAGUGCAACGCUCAUGAAAUCCUCCCACAUAACUAAACACAACAAACUUAGUAUAAUUGGUCCUUAGACAACCAUAUUACAUACACCGCAGAAGAAAAAUUCAUGAAAAACAAGAAACCAAAAAAUCUGUCAAGAAAAAGAAGAAAAAAAUGUUCACUCUCUCUCUCUCUCUCCUGUCGUUUGCGUAUAGCAUAUGUUUAGUGUUGUAUUGAACUCUUCUGACCUUUCCUCUCAUAACCAUGAUUUAUGUGAAUCUGUGAGAAUUGCAAUGAAAGUGUUAAAAAGCCACCACUGCGGGCGGCUGUCCUCAUCCCAUUAUGUUCACUCAUAAGCAAUAGGGUUCAUGUGGCCCAAUUUAUGGGACACCACUCUAUGGCUGAGGGAUCAAUGGAUGCCAUUGGAACGAUUCCAGUGUUUGGCUCAAGUUCGCCCAGAUCCUGCAGCACUGUCCAAUCAAGGGCUUUUUCCAUUAAAUUUCAAACCCAUCCGAAAAUUGCCCAGUGUGACUACUACCCCUGGAGCAGCUUCCAACAGCUGUUCACUUCCUGAGCCAUGACUACAGUGUGUUGGUUCAAAAGAGUACACUGCAGCCACAGUCCAACAACCUCCAGUGGUGAACAGCUGGCCUCUACCUCUUUGGAACGAACUCCUCUUCAGUGCAUCCAGGGGAAAUGGAGGAGGAAUCCGUUGAAACACAGCAGCUUGCCUCGUAUUUCUCAGAGGCAUCUCCCCCCCCCCCUCGCCCGAAAUGUUGUUACAGAACUGGAGGGGGACAGGCACGGGCGCAGCAGCAGCGGUAUCGCCUCCAGCAAAUCACCGUGUGGAUGAAAAGCUGUUUGAGUGGCGAAGCUGUCUGGAGUGGCAGUGCAUACGUGGCCUAUGGGCUUGGCAAGAAACAUCAAAAAACACACUCGAAGGGAGAGGAAGAAGGUUGAGGAACAGAGCAAGGCCUCCAAGAAGUGAGACAACAUCGAGCCAGCCAGCCAUCAAAAAGAAAACCCAGUUCGUUUCUCUUUCUCCCCUAUCCAUUUAUUCUACACCUACGUGCUACCCAUAUAAUUGUGAGAUGUUGGGGAAACAUUUGCUGAACAAUUCAUUAGAAAACAAAGCUUCUCUCUAUCUCUUUCUUCCCCUUCCAUUGCCCUCUCCCAUCAUACAGAAGCGUUAUUAAUUCUUAAUAAUAUUAUUAUUAUUAACUUUAUUUCUACUCCCCACCCUUCUUGAUGGUUCUCGUGGACGUCAAUCUCCCUUAAUGUACUAUUUGCAUGGAACAAAACCUCUUGGAAGACUGAGACUUGAAAGUACAUUAAAAUGAUAUCAUACUGAAUACCGGUCCCCUUUCCCGUUGAGAAUAAUCGCUUUGGACGUAACUAAACUUCCCCCCCCUCCUUGGCAAUCGAUAAACUGCACAUAUGGAACGCCAAGCCAUGUGCUCCCGUAUUAUUGCAGUAUCAGUGUUCCCUUCCCCUCUCUUCUCUUUCUCUCUCUCUCUCUCUCUCUCUCUCUCUUUCUCAAACACACACUCCCUCAUUGCCCAUUUACAAGUUUGAUCGAGGAAUCCAAUGGACGAGAUAAUGAUGUGUUUUAUCAAUGUCUUUGUGUGAGUUCAAGUGUUCACCUAAAAUAAUUCAGUUAGUUUAGCCUAGAGUUGAGCUGCUACUGAUGGCGAAGUAGAACACUCGUAAACUUAAAUAUUUAAAAUAUCCACUCACCCGAACUCAUUCGUCUCUGAAUCCUUUCCUCCUUACAAAGAAGUCCAAAAGCGAAACAAGCACCCGAGUUCAUUUUUGAUUUUCCUCACUACACAAGGCGUUAUCAACCGUGAACCCUUCAUACUCACUUUUCUCUCAUCCUCACUCUUAUCGCACACAUUCAGUGUCGGUCCUUUUUGGCAAUCCUGAUUGCUUGUAAUUUGCGCUUUGUUCCAACAAGAGAUCAUCUUGAGUUCCACCUGGGUUGGACUAUUUCAAUAGCAAACAUCUACCAUCAAACAAAACGUGUCGAUGAUGAAUUGAUGAUACAAAUCACUAUCUAUACAAUCACCACCAUACCAACAACUACAACACCAAUUACAUUCAACCACUAUUUCUUUCCGAAUUACUCGUAAAUUACGAUGAAAACUGUUUGAAGGGGGUAGUAGUGCUCGUGCUGCUGCUGAUUUGAUUCAUUUUCUUUCAAAUUCAUUCAGGUCAAACCGUCACCGUUUAUUAUCAGCAAGAUUAUUAGCAUUGUCGUAUCACUUUCUCCAACACUACAUGGAUGAUGAUUUUUCCCCGACAUGAUCUCACAUAUUUUUCCAUAAUACUUUGUAAAAGCCCAACAAUAAUUAAGCUAUGUAUAAAUUGUUCGUGCUAUUUCCACAAGAGAAAAUUGACCAAAAACAAUAAAAAACACAAAACAUU